CGGAAAUUCCACCGUCCGGAAAAGAAGAAAGAAAAAAAAAAGAUAAAGGGAGACGACAAAGAAAACGUAGCUGCCCACCCCGAAUCAAUUUAGGGAGGAGUCAAGCGUCUGACGGACGCACGUAACGACGACCGCCAAGCCUUUCUUCCUCGGACUCCCCCAACCCAUUAUUUCCCCAUUUCCACCCGCCGGAGCUGCAGAACCGAACCGGAGUUCCUUCCGAUUCGGAAUGUAGCACGAGAAAUCCCGGAAAAGAAGAAAACCACUCAAGGGGAAUAAUAUCUGAGAUGGGCCGAGAUCAGUCGAAGCUCCUCAGGAUCCUUAUUCCCCUCUUCGCCUCAACUCCGUCACCAUCUUCCUCUACUUCUCCUUCCACCACCACGACGCCCCGCCGCUUCCCACCUCCAGUCGCCAAUUCCUCCCCGACCCAAUUCACCACCAGCCCUCCAACGCCACCCCCGACGACGGUUACCUCAAGCCCUGGCCCAUCCUCCCUUCUUACCUCCCUUGGACUCGCAAACCCAAGGACGACGCCCCCUACCGCUCCUGCGAGGCGUAUUUCGGCAACGGAUUCACCCGUCGCGUCGAUGUCCUCCCGCCUUCCCCCGAUCGCUCCGCCGGAUGGUUCCGCUGCUUCUUCAGCCGGACGCUGCUGAGCUCGGUCUGCGAGGGCGGCGGGAUUCGGAUGGUACCCGAUAGGAUUGCGAUGUCGAGGGGCGGGGAGGCGCUGCAGGAGGUUAUUGGGCGGGAUGAGGAAGAUGAGAUGCCGAUUUUUCAGGACGGCGCGUUUCAGAUUCUGGGUUCGUCGGAGGGUAAGGCGAGGAGGUGGAAGAAGAGGAGGAAGCUUGUGGACGAGGGGUUUCUCGGCGAGUACCUGCCGGAGGGAGAAAUUGAGAGGCACACGAUGCGGCAGCUUGUGGGUUCGAUUCAAAUGGUGGAUGCCACGGAGUUCCAGUGUGAUCAGUGGAUUGAGGAGCCGACGUUGCUUGUCACCAGAUUUGAGUAUGCGAACCUUUUCCACACUGUAACAGAUUGGUACAGUUCAUAUGCGGCUUCUAAAGUCACGGAGUUGCCUUACCGGCCUCAUUUGGUUUCGUGGAUGGCCAUUGUAGAGCACCCUUGGAAGAAACCUGGAGUGCUCUCUUCUCUAGCAUCCAAUAUGCUAAAAACUUUACGGGCUCAGUGUGUUACCGCCAUGCUGUACUUGUUCCUCUGGGAUAUGAGACUGCCCUCUUCAAGGGUCUAUCUGAAGAUAUAUUCUGUAAUGGAGCUCCUGGGAAAGAACUUUGGAUGAACCCUGAUGAACACAAGACAGCAAGAUUGUCAGAGUUUGGAGAAAUGAUAAGAGCAGCCUUUCACUUCCGGUCAAUAGGCCUGGUUCCGAAAAGCAGCUUCAGGCCUCAAUGUCCUUUUUGUGAGAAGGGAAGAUUACUUGGCCCACCCACGCCACGAUGGAAAGGUUCAAUCGAGACUCAGCAAUGAAGAAGAGGUGUUCGAUGCUGUACAGAAAUGGGCAUCAUAAACACAAUAAUCAUUCAGAGUGUAAAGUGAAGGUGGUGAAUGGAUUAUUUGCACACAUGCCAAUGAGGAGCAACUGAGAGCCAUUCAAGAGGCUUCUGUUAUCAUAGGCGCUCAUGGUGCUGGCUUGACUCACAUUGUGUCGGCUACACCAAGAACUGUGAUUCUCGAGAUUGUGAGCGCAGAGUUCAGACGCCCACAUUUUCAGUUGAUUGCCCAGUGGAAAGGGCUGGAGUAUCACGCAAUAUAUCUCGAGGAGUCGCAUGCUGAUCCAGUGGUUGUGAUCAGCAGGCUGGGACGCAUUGUGAGAAGCUUUGAAUGUUGAGAAGAAAUCUUUCCCCUCUUAAUCAACCGUCCAUUAGGGUGAGUUCUUAAUGAUAAACAUCGUUAAGGGAUGCUGAGGAGGCCAUGGCAGAUUCAAAUUUUUACCAUACGAAGAUCAAUUUGUGCGAUGUGGAGGAGAGCUUGGACUCAAUGUGGAUGGAAGCUGACGCUGAUCGCUGAAUGUAAAUUUCGUUAGUUGAUCAUGACAAUUGCAGCGUUCUAUGUCGUUGGCGGGCAUAGAGGGUGAAAGGUCAAAUGGAGGCAAUUUUAUUCUACUCUGGCUGAUAACCGGCAAGGCGGCUGUCCUAACUUGUGACUGCCUUUGUAGAGUUGUGUCAUUCAGGUUGUUAGGCGGGUUAGGUGGGGGCUGAUUGUUUCUGGGAAAUCUCUGUAACAUAGGAAUACGCAAA